AUGAGUUCUUUAAAAAUAACAGAUAACACUUCUAUAUCUAUAAUUCUAUAUCCAGACAGUAGAGUAGAAGUUUCAACUACAUCAAUUUGUCGUAUUUUUGAAUGUGAUGCUGGAAUAUUUACGAUAUUAUCAGAACCGUCAUUUUUUUAUUUUCAUCACUCAGACAGUGAAUCACAAGAUAGAAAAGAUGAAGAAUCUGUAAGCGGGUAUAUUACUGAAUUACCUAGACUAUCUGAACACUGUGAGUUUGGUGAAAACUUGAAUGAUUAUUUAAGGGACAGGUUUGUUUGUGGAUUAAAUAAUGAAAAUGUGCAACAAAAAUUAUUAACCAUAAAAAAUCUAACGUUGGAGAUAACACUUGACACAGCGAGAGCAUAUGAGACAGCAUAUAAAGAUACCAAAGCUAUACUUACAAAAGAAAGCUUUAUAGAGCAGGAUGAAUUGCAUAAAGUAGAAAUUCGGACAAAAUCAGAAGAAAAAAAAGGAUGUACUGCUGAAACAGAGGAAAAUAAAGAUGAUUUUCUAGCUCUAUAUUCAAUAAGUGAAGAGUCUGAUAAAGUGACUGGACCAGUUAUGGUUAACGUAAAAAUUAAUGGAAGUGAGGUUUCUAUGGAAGUGGAUACAGGGGCAGCUGUCUCUGUAAUGGGGAUCUCAACUUACAAAAGAAUAAAGAAGAAUGAAGGAAAAUUACAAAAUUCUGGUGUUAUUUUGAAAACCUACACAGGAGAGCUGAUUAGACCAGAGGGAAUAGGGUUGGUUGAAGUAGUGUAUAAUGGACAAUGUUGUAAGUUACCUAUAACUGUAGUUGAUUCAAGAGUAAAGACAUUAGUAGAAAAAUACCCAGAAGUAUUUAGUGACUGUUUAGGGUGCUUGAAGAACUUCCAAUGUCACAUACCAUUAUGUGAGGGUGCAGAACCUAAGUUUUAUAAAGCAAGACCAGUACCCUAUGCUUUAAGGACUAGAAUUGAGAAAGAAUUUGAUCCCUUAGAAGACCAAGGAGUUUGGAGGAAGGUCCAGUAUUCUAAAUGGGCAGCCCCUAUAGUGCCUGUUUUAAAGAAUUCUAAGGAUUCUACUGGUCCAUUAAGAAUAUGUGGAGAUUAUAAGAUUACAGUAAAUCAAGCAGCCCCAGUUGACAGUUAUCCAAUACCGAAUAUCACUGAUCAGUUAGCCACUAUUGCAAAAGGAGAGAGAUACACCAAGCUUGAUUUGUCUCAAGCUUAUCAACAAUUGGAAUUAGAUGAAAUUUCGCAAGAGUUUUUAACUAUAGAUACUCACCAAGGGUUGUAUCAGCUGACUCGUCUUCAAUUUGGUGUACAUAGUGCGACUGGCAUCUUUCAAAGGGAGAUGGACAGGAGGCUGGGCAGACUGUCAUUUGUAAAAGUGCGAGUAGAUGACAUACUUAUAUCUGGGAAAACUGAUGCUGAGCAUCUGAACAACUUAGAAUCUGUUUAA